GCGGCGGGAGCGCUGAGGGGCGGCGGUGCCGCCAUGCCGGGCGCCGCGGGCCCCUUCCUCCCGCGCAGCCGGGACCGGCCCGAGGAGCGGCGGCGCAGAGUGGCCCCGCUGGCGGCCGUACCCCCGGCGGGAGAGGAGGAGCCGCUCCUCAGGGGCAUCUUCGAGAUCGGAAAGAGGAGCUGCGACGUGGUUCUGAGCGCCCGACGGCUGCGCUGGAGUCCCAUCGUGCCCGAGAGCCCCGCAGGUGAUUCCAGUACAGCUUUACAGGUGAAAGAGGAGAUUAUUGAAAUGAAGGAUGUAUUUUCAGUGAAAGUGAAGCGUCGCCGUUUUGUUGGACAGAAGAAAGGUGGUACUUUGUUGGGUAUCACUGUUUUUAAAUGCUUGCAUAAAGAAGAAAAUAAACUAACAGACUGUGCUAUCCACUUGAAUAACUUCAGUGAAGACCAUUGUCAUUCAUGGUUUAGAUGUCUAAAGGAAAUUUUGAACGGGUUUCAAAAUAGGCCAAAAUCCUUGAAAGUAUUUGUUAAUCCAAGCAGCCACAAAAGAGAAGCCACUCAUAUUUAUUAUGAACAAGUGUCACCUCUUUUUAAACUUGCUGAUAUAAAAACUGAUGUCACAGUAACUGAAUAUGAAGGACAUGCUCUGUCAAUACUUAAAGAAUGUGAACUCCAAGCAUUUGAUGGAGUAAUUUGUGUUGGUGGAGAUGGAUUUGUCAGUGAAGUUGCUCAUGGUCUGCUACUUAAAGCCCAGAUAGAUGCUGGAAAGGGCACAGACUUCAUAUCGGCACCUGUCAGAGCACCAGUCCCUCUUGGAGUGAUACCAGCAGGUACUACUAAUAUUUUGGCCUACACUCUCUAUGGCAUCAAACAUGUGGUGACUGCAACGCUGCACAUUGUAAUGGGUCAUAUCCAACCAGUAGAUGCCUGUACUUUCAGUACUCCAAGCAGGCUUCUGCGUUUUGGGUUCUCAGCUAUGUUUGGUUUUGGUGCAAGGACUCUAGCUUUGGCUGAAGAGAACCGUUGGAUGCCCUCCAAUCAGCGAAAGAACUUUGCUUUUAUCAAAACACUGGCAGAUCUCAAGACAGAAAAAUGUGAAUUAUCAUUUCUACCUCUACAAAUUCCACAGGAAGACUCUUAUGAGAAUGACAGAAAGAAAAAAGGAAAAAACAAAAAAAGAGGUAGCAAGGAUCAGUGGCACAAAAUUCAGGGUGACUUCCUGAACGUGAGCAUUAUGGCAAUCCCUUGUCUGUGUUCAAUGGCACCAAGAGGCUUGGCACCUAAUACGAGGUUAAAUAAUGGAAGCAUGGCUCUGAUUGUUGUACGGAAUACCUCCCGAACUGAGUUUGUAAAACACCUGAAAAGAUAUGCCAGUGUAAAAAAUCAGUUCAGUUUUCCCUUUGUUGAGACAUACACAGUUCAAGAAGUAAAAGUGCAACCAAGAAUCGAAAGUGGACUUGAUGCCGAAGAAAACACUGCUGCAGAAGAAAAUUACCCUUGGAAUAUAGAUGGGGACUUAGUAGAAGCAUCAGAAGUUCAUGUUCGGGUGCAUCCUCAACUUAUUAAUCUCUAUGGAGUGAACACUGAUGAUCUGGAGAGUUCCAAAGCAACGUGCAAUUGCAUAUAGAAGGGAUACACUGAAUGUUCUUUAGUAGUCCCUGUCACACCUGUAUGCUCUUCUUUCUGUGUCCCAUUCUUGCACUUAUUGAACUCAGUUGUAAAAGGAAGGAUGUUUACUACAUUUCUAGUUCAAAAUUUUUAUCAAAUUAUAUAUUUUUAUUGUUAUAUUUUACUGUGAAAAAACUUUA